AUGCCUCUUACACGGAACUGCACACACCGCCAAGUAAGUGGCUUUAUUUUGAGGCACUGUCUCUUUCAGGGGAUCUGGCUCGAUGGCAAGUGGAUACGAUUGCGAGUCGGUAUAAUGACCGAAAUGUAACCUCCCCCUUAAUGCGCACCUAUUAUCGUCUAGCCAUCGAGUUAAGUACUUUGGGAUUUAGGUAGGGCGAAGUGUUUGCGGUGACUUUGUCCAGAAUUGGAAGUUUCCGUGCACUUACGAUAAUACAAGUAAGAAAGCAGGAGACAGGUAUAGGAGUAUAGGAGAUUCAUGACCAGUGCUUGCCGCAAACGCAUGUUGAGAUGGCAAUUUGCUUUACUAGCCAGGUUCCGAUGCAUGAUGCCUAGGUCGUGAGCACGAGUAUUAAUCCCGCCCAUUUCGUUUGUGAGUUUCUCAAACCACAUCGAGCAACCAACACACCGAAGCUUGCCUUACGGCUUCAAAGGAGGAUGCAGCCGUGAAAGCUAAAAGAACUGUGGCAGAUUAUGUGAGGUAGUCUUCUGAACACAGUUGCGGCUCUCGCAGAAACACGUACAGACGCACACACACACACACACACACACACUCACGCUGACUCCCCCCCAAUCAGAUUUCGCUCACGACAAGAGUUGGUAUGUAUGUGUGUCUAUAAGGACCGUUUAGUGGAAUAUCAGCUACAACUCGCAAUCUUGCUCUCACUUACAUAGGAACUACCAGCAGAGGUGAGUUAUGUAACUGGAACCCUAUAAUAAAUUGGUCAGUACAUUUUUUGCGCAAUUUCGCACCAUCUGCAUAAUGGACAUGCCUAAUCCUUUAGAAUAAGCUCAUGACUAUUACUGAGGAAAACGAAAAAGAUUAACUGUACAGCAGCAAUAUGAAUCGGGUUUUUUUUCGGGUGACUGGAAAACAUGAAAUAAAGAGGGAUAAGAAAUCGGUUGGGCGCGGGAAUAUGAAAUCCAAUAUUACUGAUGGCCUUGUCCCAGAUUCUGGAGAUUAAUAAGUAACGAAUAGAUGCGAAUAUGCGCGCGCGAUUACCGUGCCUGGGCAAAAGAACAUGCACUUAGAGAGCACCGGUCUUCGCGGAAGAAUUCUUCUAGUCGAUUCGAGCUUUUCCCUGAGGGCGUUUUAAAUUUAACUACUUCCUAGGAGCUAACUUGCCUGAAGGAACAAUGGCGAGGUUGAUUCUCCGGAAGCUUUCUGCUCUAGAAAAAGAGUCCUAUGGUUUCAUGUGCUAUUUCUCCCAGUCUAGGUUUUCAUAUGAUGGUAGACAUUCGAAAAUAUGCCUUAUCUCCGUCUGCAAAGUUUAUCCAUUAUUAUUUGGAAGUGAAACGAAAUUUUACAUCGGAAAUGUGAUGAAAUUAAUUUCAUUAAGCAUGUUUUUACUAAAAGAAAGUAAGAAAUUGCGGCAGAAAGCUCAGAAAAUCAAAACGAGAAAGUGUGAGAGUGAGAUUCGAACGUUUUCGCAAAAAGGUGUCAUCAGUAUGCUGGACGAACAAGCGUCAGUUUUUCGAGAAGUUAUUUUUCGGUUAACGAGACCCAGAAGAUACUGCGCCUCAUUCGUGUGAUCCCAUCUAAGAUCCUUUAUGGCCAAUUGUCGUCCCGACGACCUUUAGUUUGACUUAUUAUUGUUUCCAUAUCGAGUUUCACAAGGUGGUAUGAAUGCCCCACAACAUAAUAUUCCAAGCAAAGGUGGAGGGGCGAUCUACCAUUGUAUACUCCCGAUCGAAACCGACAAGACAACGAUCCCGUGGCUCAGUGGUUAGAGGCGUUGGACUUCUAACUAAAAAGUCGCGAGUUCGAGGCCCAGGUGUUCCACACUUCGGGGUUGGGUAUGACUGGCUGACGAUGGCUAAUAAGCCAGAAAUGGCCAUUCCCGUCCCCCUUGUAGUUGUUGGUAAUACCACUCUGCCUAUCCCAAACAAGCACUGCGGACUGCAGUGUGUGCUGCUCGCCCACCCGAAAUGCUUGCCCUCUAAAAUCAGAUCUUCGUGUGUGUUCGAUAGGGGGCAAAUAUGGAUACCGUUUGGACAGAAACUUUCCGAAAGACUCCCCUUUUUCAUAACCGUACCCUGCGUUUCACCUUCUGAGGUCCUCCGUCUACCGCAAACGAAAUGCCCUUGCGUUGUCUCUAAAUUAAAUUUCUCAGCACACCCCAGUUCAUUGUGUGACAAUAAGUUUAGGCGCCAAAGGCCUACAUUCAACAUUAAUUCCUAACUUCCUAUUGGUUAGGUUCUUUUGGCGUGUAAAUAGGGCAUUCCGGAUAUUUACCGAUUAAUGAUGCGACCGUCCACGGCGACCGGAGGUUGAACUUCGUAGGGAAAGCGGAAUCGCCUGUACUCUAUUUCACAGUCAGGAUAGACCUAUAGGCGACACAUUCAAGUGACUUGGAAUUUACCGAGUUGCAGUUACAGUAGGUGGGCUAACUCGUGAAAUGUCAAUCGAAAUUUCGGAAUGCGUUUUCGUUUGGAAAAGAUUAAUUAAGUAGGGUUGUAAAACUAAUCAUUAUGCAGCAAAAUUCUGAAAUAAUUCAGUUACAUCAAGGUGUUGGCUUUCGAAUACACUUAUUUCCGACUGCAUGCAAGAACUACACUCUGCAAAAAUUGACUACUUAAGUAGCAUGCAAUUUUCUCAUUGAGUUUCGAUGCCCUUGCAAAUUCCAUUAUAUUUAAUGGAAAACAUGCAUAAAAAUAUUCAUUCUUUUGUUCAUUCGGUAGAAAAUCACGUCUGCUUUGGAUUUUAUACUCGAAAAAAUAGUACAAUUCGGUUUUAAGAAACUUUUCUAAUUCACGAAUAAUUUUGAACCCGCUCUACCGUCACACUUGGAUUCAGGGUUUCCAAACUACAAGCCGUAUAUUUUCCGUGUACGGAAAACCAUACAUUUCUCUACGGUAUUAAGAGGAGACUAUAUGAGGUUCAUAAAAUUACGCAGUGGAUUUGAGCAAUAUUGUUAACUUUACAAGCCACAUUGGUAAAUGCAGAGACAUGACGUUUUAGGAACGGCCAUUUCACGAUAUUUAACAAUCUCACAAUUAGAAAUUUUUGAAAUCGAAUUAUGCCCUUCUUUCGAGCAUAGAAUUGGAAAAAGACGUGAUUUACCACCGGAUGAGCAAAAGAAUGAAUAUUUUAUGCAUUUUUUCCAUGAAACAUAAUUGAACUUUCAAGGGCAUCGAAAAUCAAUGAGAAAAUUGCAUGCUACUUAAAUAGUCAUUUUUUUCCAGAGUAUAGUUCAUGCAUGCAGUCGGAAACAAGUUCAUUUGAAAGCCUACACCCUGAGGUAACUAGGUCAUUAUAGAAUUAUGCUGCAUGAUGAUUAGCAUUACAACCGUACCUAAGUAAUCUUUUCGAAACGGAAACGCAUUUCGAAAUUUCGGUUGACGUUUCAUGAUUUAUCCCACCUACUCUAAUAGAAUGAAGGCGAGCUGAGUAAAGCAGAGUUCGCGUUCAAGCUCCGGAACUCCCCAGCCGACUGAUAACAGUAAAUUAGGCAGGAAAGGUAUCUUGCCGUCCCUCUUGUCUUUUGUGCAAUGCUUCUCACUUACCCCGUUGCUAGAAGACUGUGGAAAAAACUAAUCAUUGUGAAAUGUUGCGCUACUGUUUCUGGCUGAUAGGCUUUGCUUUGAGUUGCCAACAUGUGUCAGACUUGUGAAAUCUCCUUGUGUGGUGAUGACGACAAAAUCUCCAUUGAACUCCUAGUUUUAUGAAAAAAGAAAAUUGCAGUCGCAUGUGCGCUGCGUGUUUCCAUCAUACACAGCAUCCAAUUUACUGUGAAACGAUCCCUUUUGCAGAUCUAAAAUGCACGUAAGUUUCCUUUUCUCGACGUUUUGUUCCUACACUACUUACCGCAAACGCAUGAUUUGGGUGGAUUUUACGGUAGGACAGUCAGCGGCAGAUUUAAUUCAGCUGUUAACGCUGCGCUACUGAAAGUCGAUCGAUCAAAUUUAAAAAAAACAAACCCUCGAGUGAUAAGUAGAUAAGAUGUCGACCGCCACCAGCUUAUCAAGUCUCGCGGCAUCAGAUAACGCAACCUGCUCUAACCGAGAGAGUCACGAACGUCCCGAGUGCCUUUUAAAAGCCACGAGAAUCCUACUCAUCGACCCUCCUAACCCAUCCGGUACAGCCAACACUGCCACGAUUGCAACCUGGGCACGGUAACACUGCAUCUACGAAACAUCUGUACGUCAAGCAGAAUGACCGAGUUGGGCAAUCGCACAAGUAUGGUGGUAGCGCGCUCACCGAACAGGCUACGGGGCGUAACUUGAUUGGUUCAAAAAUCGACAGGACAACGGAACCGUGGUUCAAUGGUAGAACGUUAAAUUUAGUAACGGCUGAUGACCAAAAAUGCCGCAGAACUUGGAUUUAAGGCCGACGAUGAUUACUAAGCCAUAAAUGACCAUUCUAGUCCCCCGUUUACUUUUUGAGACUCCUUCCAGCAACAGAAUAAGAAUCAUCUUCGAUGGGAGAGCAGGUCGAACUGUUUGGAAGUUAAACAAAUUCCUUUUUGGUAUCCCGUCCAAAGUCUAUGUUGCAUACCGCGAGAAAUUAAACAAACGCGUUAGAUGCGUUCAACUUCGAGGAUGCGUGUCUCCAAGCCAGCCACGUCUCUUUCGGCAAUACGUAUCCAUCGGAACCGUGCAACAAUUCUGAGCCCGAAGUUUUCUGGUCAAGGGGACCUCACCGAUCGUUUUUACGGAAAUCACUCGUUCCAUUGUGCCUAAAGGCUCUCUCUCGAGGUCAACCGGCGGCCGCACAGCGGCGCAGGAUAUAGGCAGAAUGGUAUUACGGACAAAGACAAGGGAGGCUGGAAUGGCCGUUUCUGGCUUAUCAGCCGCCUUCAGCCAGUCGUAUCCAACCCCGAAAUGUAGAACACCCAUUGUAUGUUUCCGAUCGCAACCGAUAGGACAACGAGCCCGUGGCUCAAUGGUUAGGGGCGUUGGAUUUCUAACUAAUAGGUCGCAGGAUCGAGCCACAGGUACUCCACACUUCGGAGUUGGGCAUAACUGGCUGACGUCGGCUGAUAAGCCAGAAAUGGCCAUUCCAGUCUCCCUUGUCGUUUUCGGUAACACCAUUCUGCGUAUAUCCUGCGGCGCUGUGUGGCUGCUGGUUGGACUCGAGAGAGAGAGAGUCCGUAAAAACGAUCAGUGAGCGUUCCUCUACCGUUCUAUAGGCAUUAUAGAGUAUUAUGUGGUUCUCCAGAGAAAGAUAUUACCUAAAACCCAGACAGUGUUUCGCCGAUAGUCUGUCGCUGCGCGACACAGCUGCGAGGAGUUUCGCUCUUCAGUGGGUCUCCCAGCGUCCUAUAUGCGGUUUCUGGCAUACGAACUCCAGAGAAUAAUCAAGCGAAUAAUUUCAGAAAUUAUUCAAAGCAUAGCAUGGAUUUAAGUCUCAGGGAUAUGACUUUUUAAUGUCAGACCCGAAGUUUUAAUGAACUUUCGAGUCAAAAACCACGAACGUCUGUGUAAUAACCAUGUAGUACCAAUUCUACAAACAUGUAGUAUUACAAGCCGCAUUAACUCUAUAUGGCAAGGGCAUUAUACCAUGCUGCAGACAAAAUAUCGGCAAAACACGUGUUUGGGUUUUUGGCUAGUACCCAUGUCGGAGUACGGCAUAAUACCUUUGUCAUAUAGAUUUCGUACGACUUGUAGUAUUACUUGUUCGUAGAAUGGGCAUUACAUGGUUGUUCCACAGAAGCUGAUUGUCUCCGACUCGAAUGUUUUAGAAAUUUCGGGUGCGACCAUAAAACGUCAUGCCCAGGAGACUUAACUCCAUGUCCUGCACUGAAUAAAUUCUGAAAUCAUUCGCUUGACAUAUAUAUUGAUCAGGUUUUAGUGGGACGAUGAAAGUUAUGUUAGUUCUUGUUGACCACAUCUGUGCUCCUUUCUGAACUUGGAGAUACGCCUGCAGAAGCCGCCCACCCCUCAUUAUGAAUGGAUGUAUCUAGAUUAAAAAGCACCAGUAUUAAUGUUCGCUCAUUUCGAAAAGUACGCUUGAUAUCUUGCUGUGUAAACAUGUUAUUAAACUUGCUCUCUGCGCAUCUUAUGUUUUGGCUUCUCGCAUGUCGCUGGGUUCUAAACCAUGCUAACGGAAGCAAUUUCAAAGAGAUGAUAAAAUGGUUGAGACUCUCGCGUCUGUUAUGUAUGCGUAAGCUGAAAAUAACUCCGCAAAACUGAAAAAAUUGUUCUUCAGAAGAGUCGUGGUCCGGCUUUUUAAAUCCUGGCCGAACAGGGAUCCAAGAGGUACCAGCGACGAAUUAUAGCGUGCUGGAGUAGGUAGCAAUGGGCGAAGGGUUUCCACGAUGUCUCUCGUCUUACCUAUUCAAACACAGUUCACACUCGCAAGCAUUUGUCAGUUGUCGUCGGCGCGUAACUUUUCAUUCAUCUGGUGGGGCCGUUUUGCAACGCAGAAGCUGAGGCUAAAGAAGGCACGGCACACCGUGGCGAACGCCUUGGAGCCCUUCAGCUGCCAAUCAAACGAAACUCUAUGGCCCCGAAGACACCUGCGCGCGCCUUCAUCUUGAUUGAUUGAUCGAUAAAACUGCGCGCGACCGAUGCAGCAUAGCCUUAUCAACGCGAACUUCGGAGCCAAGUGUAGGUGGUUUGGCGCUGAAGAAUAGCACUUAAAAAUGGAUCGAAAGUAGAGUCCAGGUGUAGUCCUCAUGCACUAGCUUAAUACGUGAAUUACUCUCGGUGAAACGAACUGCUUUAACCGGUUCCUCGACUAGCAUUACAACUGAGUCUCUCAAAGGAGAAAAUAGGGUCAAAUAAAGGAAAAACGUCGUAUACGUCAAAAUCAGGUUUGUGUACGAAAUGUACAGAAAAUUAAGGACGCAGUGAAGCUUUAGGGUAGUUCGGAAGAAGCCCGUUCCUACUGCAUGAUCUUCGAAAUUGUUUGCCUAAGAUGAUACCACUCCGCCAGUGCUGACAGUGCUAAUUUAAUCACGAGGAGUGGCCGAUCUCAUGAAAUGUUGGCCGAAAUUCUGAAAUGCGUUUUCGAUUCGGAAGGAUUACUUAGGUGGGGCUGUAAUAUUGAUCAUCAUGAAGCAAAAUCCUAUAGUAUUUCAGAAUUGCCAGGAUGUCGGCUUUUGAUUGAGGUUCUUUUCGCUCCUCCUGCAGAAAACACACUCGAUACACACUGACUACUUUAGUAGCAUGCAUUUUUCCUAUUGAUUUUCGAUGGUCUUGUAAAUUCAAAUAUAUUUCAUAGAAAACAUCCAUAAAAAUAUGCUUUCUUCUACCCCUUUGGUAGACAAUCACAUUGUCUUGAUAUUUUAUACCCGAAGAAAGUGUAUAUUUAGGUUUUAAAAAGUUUUCCUAUUCAAGGAUAAUUUUGAACCUGACCAGCCAUUAGCGUUUGACGAUUUUAGUCUAUAAAGUGCACGCUUCCCGCGUAAGGAAAAUCAUACAUUUCUCUAUGUCUUUAAGAAGGUACCACAUACAGUUCCUAAAAUUUCGCAAUGGAUCCGGACUGUGUUGUGCAUUUCAUAAGGAUCAUUGGUAAACGGCAAUGUGCGGUCCUGUACGCAUGGACAUCGCACGGUCUUAAAAAUCUCAUAAUUAAAAACUUUUUUAAAAUCCAAAUAUACACUUUUUCGGGCAUAAAAUAUCGAUACAAUGUGAUUUUAUACCAAAGGGGUAAAAGAAGGCAUAUUUUGUGCAUGUUUUCCAUAAAAUAUAUUUGAAUUUACAAGACCGUCGAUAAUCAAUAGGAAAAGUGCACGCUACUUAGGUCGUCACUUUUUCAAAGUGCGGUUUCUGCAGGAGGUCAAACAGGGCUGUAUCCAAAAGCCGACAUCCUAGUGAGUAUGAAAUGCCAUAGGCUUAUGCUGCAUACUUAUGAUUAUUACAACCCCGCCUAAGUAAUCCUUCCUAAUCGAAAACGCAUUUCAGAAUUUCGGCCAACAUUUCUUGAGAUCGAUCACGCACUGCAUGUCUCGGUGAGACUGUAUGCCAACUUUGCUAUUAAAUUUAUUUCGUUUUAUGCAAGAUGUCAGUUUGAGGCUCGAAAGAGCACCGUCAUAGGUCAACAAAAGUGUUGAUUUCAACGGCCAUACCGCGUAAGAUAUUUGGCCACUUCCGGGUGUGGGCUUUUAAUAGAUCACCCUACAAAAUUGGUAAGUAGAUUAUGCAGGUUUUGCGCACUUAUAAGUUAAAAGAUUCUAGAAAGGUCAGCUUUAAAGGCCAACAUUGCCUCUAUCAUUUGCAAAAGUGUGGCCUGGCUGGUCUUCCGCAACUGGUGACAAAAAAAUUCAGGGAAGUUUGAGAUGAAAAAAAUCACUUUCACGGAUGUUUUGGCAGCUUUUUGAAUAAUUCAUAUUGACCCAACGGUGAAAAACUCGGCGCCUCGGUGUAAUUCGAACCCAGGCAGUAAGGGGAAGGCUUUAGUACAGCCAAAGCAUUUUGCUUUGGUGCCCUGAAAAAGAGUCUGUCAUUUUUCACACAACUUUAAUUAACAGUCAGACUAAAGUCGCUACCUUUUGUCUCAUUUGUUCCUUCACAGUUGUUCCUUUUACAGGCAACGUGAUAAAUGCACUGGACAAAGACGGGGGCUAGAACGGUGUAUGGGGGGGGGGGGGACUUUAUGGGGGCUGCGCACCCAUAAUAAAUGCCAACAUUGGGGGGUUUUGUGACACGUCUAGGUGCAGGCCAACGUGGUGCUAGUUGGGACCCGAGGUGUCGCCGGCUUCUUUCUUGUCGUGCAAAAUCCUGGUCAGUGCCCGUUCGUUACCUGGAGGUGUGAUGGUACGCCUAGGUGCAGAUUUUCACCGUGCCAAUCACCUUCGCCCUCUCCCGCCUCUAGCCUUUUUGACUCUGUCAUGACGCCGAGUCAAGCUGGGGAAGGAGGUGGGGGUGAAGUAGGUGCUGCGCACGUCCACGAAUUUGCGCGCAAGUCACCGUCCACAUGUCCACUCUGCUGUGGUGCACUCGACGGACGUUGUCGGAAACGACGGUUGACCUGUCGAGUCAAAGCAUAUUAGCCACUGAAGGGCGAUGCAAGUGUGGGGUCAGGUUAAGAAUCCGUUAAUCUCGGUGCAUCCUAUGUAACGUUCAAAUUCCCUCGGACUCCAAUGGCCUAGCGCCAAUCAAAAGGGAACGCAACUCACAACUGACUGUACUUUGUCGACCCGAGCCAACGGAUGGCAAGCCUACUGUUCAACCAGUCAAACAGCCUUUUGACGGCCGAUCUUAGAACUAGAUUCUCGUAUCUCAAGCUAUAGCAGCAUACUGAUUGUGGGAGAUUUACGGUAGCCUUACCUGACGGGGAGUUCACCAAGGAGAAAUCAGGGUGCAAAUAUGCCCUCCCCUAGCCAGUGCACUUGUAAAGUCUCUCUUAACCUUGGGACACACACCUACAGUAAGCUUGGGGGUUUCCUGUGGCUUUUUGCUUCUGCAAGAAAAAGAUUAAGUCUUACUUCGCCAGGCCGAGCGCCCGUAGCCGUCAAACGAAUGAAUAGUAGGAGCGCAAUACAGUAAAAUGUGGAACACAGGCUUAUCGAAUAGGAUACGGAAUCUGGCAAUAAUGCGAAUCAUUUAACCAAUCAUAGCAAAAUCGCCAAGGUCGAAAAGGGCUGACUCAAAAGGUGGAAGUUUCGUGUCAACUACUCAGCCGGUCUGCGGAACGUCAGUCCAGACAGUUGGUGCGCGUGAUUCCGGGGGUUCAAUAGGACGCUUGCUACCGCCGCGAUAGCCUGCGAACAAAAUCAAAAGUUGCAGUUAUCCGUUCCGUAAUCUUUCGUUUUAUAGGUCUCCACAUUCCGCUCCUAACCACUUGAAGUAAGUUGCCUUAGGCAGGCGACCAACAGUUUUUUUUCAUAAAGGUGGCCUUUUUUGCCAAAUGGGACAGUCUACUGUCAGUUAUAAAGAAAUUGUUUUCGCUCGAACUCUAUGUCCACUCCUGGCGAUUUUGACUAUUUUUUGACUGGCCUUUUUCAACAAAUCGCUAAGCAUAUCUGUGUGGUCCAAAACUUUGUACAAAAACAGCUAGUCACCUCGGGCUACACUCAAAAAGAAGUACUUACGAAUAUGCAUUUUGCCCAUUCGAACAGUCAAGAUAAUUUGCUGGCUUGAGAGAUUAUCAUUCAGGGAACUUGAACAAACCCUUUCAGCAACUUCUUUGCCACAGUAACACAAGUAUGGACGAGUGAGUAUCGUAAGGAAUUUAGUUUAUAAAUUUGAAAUUAACUGAUGAGAGUUUUGGGAAACGGGUGAACUCUGCCCACCUUCUGUCUAAAAUUAACAUACAGUCCCUUGAAAUAGCGAAACUCCACUGCAGGUUCAAUAAAAGAGAAAGUUUUCUACACUCGAAGUCUCAAAAAGUACUAAAACGUAUAUAUAUCUUACUUUAGAUAUGUGACAUUUUGGAAAUCGCGCCCACCUGAGAAUGCAUAAGAGAACAUAAGCUGGGAAACUAAGUUAAUCAAAAGGGUCUGCAGAAGCAAGUAGGCUGCGAAAACUACACUUAAAUCUACGGUAAUUUGACGGCGGUAGCAGUGGAAAGAGGAGACGUUUUCCCCUUUUCAUCUGCCAACCGGUUUCUCGCGUUGUACCUUUUUUCUGGGACAUGCAGCGCCGUAACCAUUUUUCGAGAGGAAACGUUAUAAAACCACAUGUGUGAAAACUGUCAAAUCGUAGCCUAGGGUAGGGAGAACGCAGAUUUAACAGGCGAAUGGAAUGCAGCGCCGGAGGAUGACCGGUGGUGAGGCACUGGUGGACUUCGGGUCAAUGAAGGACUAAUGACCAAUUUGCCAGACGCCAUCCAUGAACCACGUGUGUCGCUUACGAACGCAUAUGUGUGUUUCUAGUUCCAAAUGGUGAUCAUCGUUAUGUCUGAGUGAAUGAAGGCAGAAUAAGCCCAAAACAGUACUGUAACAAUCUUCCCGCACUCUCUGUCGUUUCUCUCAUUUGUAAGAUAGAAAAAUCUGAGGGGAAACGACAAAAUCUGGAUGGUAGAUUGAUAUAGUACUGUUUCGGGCUCAUUUCUGCAUUCGUUCAGUCAAUCAUAACCCUGACCAACAGCUGAGACCAGAAACACAAAAAUGCCCACAGACACACCUGAUGCAGUUGGUCCACCACUGGGGUCUACCAGAUGGGUCAUAAUCACUUCACCAAGCCGAAGUUCAUCAGUGUCUCGCCACCUGUCAUUCUCUGUGGCUGCAGAUCGGGUACUUAUUCACUCAGGAAUGAGCACAUACCGAUCCAUUGGCUUCCAGAAGUAAACAAGCUUCGUAUGCAUGAUAGGGAUCACAAUCAGGCGACCACCUACAAGACCCAAGUCGGCCAAGCUCUGAUUAACUUCGGUUGGAUGAAGUGCUUAUGGCCCAUCUAGCAGAUCCCCAGCGGUAGACCAGCUGCGCCAGGUGUGUGAGCGCAUGUUGGUGUUUCUGAUCCCAGCUGGUGGUCAAGGUUAUGAUUGGCUGAAUAAAGGCAAGCAAGUCAUAAAUAGAGCUGUAUCAAUCUACUCCCAGACUCUGUCGUCUCCCGUCUGCUAUCACAGCUUGACCGGCUUCGGUCUGGUAGGUGGUUGCGUGUUCGUGACUCCUAUCACCCAUACGAAGCUUGUUUGCUUCGGAAGGCCAAUGGAUCGGUGUAAGCCCAUUCCCGAGUAAAUAUAUAUAUUUACUAUUGACCCAACUGUGAAAAACUCGGCGCCUCGGUGGGAUUCGAACCCACGCAGUAAGGGGAAGGCUAUAGCGCAGCCAACGCUCUAACCACCUGAGCUACGAGGCCCCGCCGAUCAAUAUGAAUUAUUCCAAAUCUGCCAAAAUAUCAAUGAAAUGUAUACAUAUAUAUGGCAGAAGAUAAAAACAUACUUGCACGCAUAUGAAACUAUGAAACAUAUAUGCGAGUUCCGCAAAAACGAUCGGCGGGCGUUCCUGUACAAAUGCAUAUUUCCGAUUGCGACCGACAGAACAACGAGAAUGUGUCUCAGUGGUUAGAGGCGCUGGACUUCUAACUAACAGGUUGCGGGAUCGAGCCCCAGGCGUCCCACACUUCGGUGUUGGGUAUGACUGGUUGACGACGGCUAAUAAGCCAAAAGUGGCCAUUCCAGUCUAUCUUGUCUUCGUCGAAAAUGCUAUUCUGCCCAUAUCCUGCGCCUCUGUGCGGCUGCUGGUUUGGCUCGAGAGGGAGGGCCAUAAGGUACAACGGGACGAGUGAGUUCCGUAACACGAUCGGUGAGCGCCCCUCUACCAAUGUAUACAUUUAUAUAUAAUAAUAGAGGGCUCUCACCGAUCACGUUACGGGCCGCACUUGUCCCGUCGCGCCCGCAGCCUCACAGCGGGACGAGUGUGUCCGUUAGAGCGAUCGGUGAGCGUCCAUCUACCACUGUGUAUGUCUGAUCGCAGCUGACAGGACAAGGAGCCCAUGGCGUUGGACUUCUAUCCCUGUCAUCACUCCUCCUUGAGUAUUAUAGCUUGACCGACUUCGAUCUGAUAGUAGAUUGCCCGUUCGUAAUCUCUUCCGGCUUGUUUACAUCGAGAAUCCAAUAGAUAGGUGAGAAGUGUUUUUUUUAUUUAACUUAUAUUUGUUAAGCAACGAAGACAUUUUGGAGAGGUAUCCUUUAGCUUCUCAAAAACUUGAGCAUACAGCUCGCGGCCUUGAGAUGCGAUACUGAGAGGGAAUCCUUUGGUGGCCCAUAUAUUAAACAUGAGACGGAAUAAAAGAAAUCUGAAAGUUAUUCGCAACUUGUUCACAAUCUUGUUGUUGUCAAUGGGGAAUAUAGACAAAUCUAUUGGUAGUGGGCACGCUCACCGAUCGUAUAACGCAACUCACUCGUCCCGUGUUGUGCCUUGGGGCUCUUUCUCUCUCGAGCCCAGCCAGCAACCGCAUAGCGGUACGUAAUACAGGCAGAAUAACGUUACCGACAAAGACAAGGGAGACUGGAAUUGCCCUUUCUGACUUAUUAGCCGUCGUCAGCCAGUUAUACUCGACCCCAUAGUGUGGAACACCUGGGGCCCGAUCCCGUCCCGUCGGCUUCGAUCGGGAAUAUACAUUGGUAGAGAGGGCGCUCACUGACCAUGUUACGGAACUCACUCGUCCCGCAUUGUGCCUUGGGGCCCUCUCGCGAUCCCAAUCAGCAGCCGCAUAGCAGCACGUAAUAUAGGCAGAAUCUAUUUAUCAUUAUAUUCACAUAAAAGUGCUAAUAGGGCUUAAAAUAGAACUCCACUCUCGAGACGCCCGACAGACUCCUCACGGCCUAAUCUAAAUAAGGGUCCUUGCGUGUAUGAGCAGAGCAAGAAACACCCUGAGCUCGAAGUUCAGUGAAACAGACUGUCACAAAAUCGACCAAUCAGAAGUGCAGGUAAUUUAGAGAGAAACCAGCUGGUGAUUUCUCAGGAGAUAGUUGCGGAAAAGAGGGUGGGCUACUUGUUGACUUAUACGGAGAAGUGACAAAAUGGGUUCUCUAAAAGAACCCCAAGACAAUACUACAUCGGAAAAGCAAACUAACUGGUAUUGACGAAGUAAUUUCCUUCAAAAACACCAUUUCCGCCUUUUGUGGGCGAAUGCGUGCAGUUCCAGUGAUCUUGUCUAUUCGCAAUAGCAUAUAGUUGACCUUUGCCGAGAGAUCAAACAAUCUGGACUCUAUCAACAAGAGAUCUCUCUAUCUUAAUGUCCAAUUUUUGAGAAAAUUGUAAAGAGGUAAGAUACUAUUUCGUAGCCGCACCUGUUUGGCGUUAGGCGUUGGGGGUUAGGCCUAGGCGUUAGAAUUAGGGGGUUUGGGGCGUUAGUGUUAAACCCCCCUAUUACCAUUUGUCCCGUAUGACACGCGGCUGGGGCUUGUCUACGGCUGCGAAAUACGAUCAGGCCUGUAAACAUCUUUUAAAAACACCCAAAACUGCCAGCUCUACGUCCGGCACCGUCGACUGUUGGCGCAUUUCUCUACAUUCAAUCCUGCCUCUGGGUUCCAAAAGGGCUCCUUGCCACAAUUUGUUUCUCAAAUAGCCGGCUUAACUACAUCCCUCCCCUCCCACGUCCUUCCACCUCAUGCCUCAUAACCUUCCUGUUAGAUUCUUAUGCGAUUAUUGAUUGAUUUACCACAUUUCCGGCAGGCGCCUUGACUCAGACGUCUGGAGUCUCGGGUCACCAGUAGCUCCCUCAGGGUUCCCCGUAUGCUUUUAGGGAAGUGCGCGCCAGUUUCGCUGUCGGGGUUUUCAUUUACUUAAGAAAUUAAUAUGUGGACUUGGAGGUUGUUAGAAUUCGCCCACUAAAAGGGGCCACGCGGUAACACGCGUUGGAUUUACACAGAGGCUGGGUCGGAAGCCGGCCAGCUUUAUUGGGUAAGAUGUGGAUAUGUGACCCCACUUGAUGAGCACAAUAUUCUUAGGUUUGGGGUUAGGGGUUAUGUUAAGGGGUUAGGGUUAGAGAUUGAAGCAACUAUUUCUCAACCACUCAAAGUACAACCGCGCAUCCCCAAUAGCUCUUCAUUUGCAUACAAUUACAGUAAGUGGACUAAAUCAUUAAAUGUCAGCCUAAAUUUCGAAAUGCGUUCCCUUGUCAAAGAGAUUAAUUAAGUAGGAAUGUGAGACUGCUCAUCAUGCAGCAUAAUUCCAUAAUAAUCUAGUUACCUUAGGGUGUAGGUUUUCGAAUGAACUUCUUUCCGACUGCAUGUAAGAAUUAUACAUUGCAAAAAAUGACUAUUUAAAUAGCAUACAAGUUUCCCGUUAAUUUCGAUGCCCUUAAAAAGUCAAUUAUAUUUCAUGGAAAAUGUGCAUAGAAAUAUUCGUUCAUUUGUUCAUUCGGUAGAAAAUGGCGUCUUUUUCCAAUUUUUUACUCAAAGAAAGGGUAUAAUUCGGUUUUAAAAAGUUUCUAAUUGUGAGAUUUUUUAAUACCGUGAAAUGAACCUUCAUAAAACGUCAUGCCUCUGCAUUUACUAAUGUGGCUUUAAAUGUUAACAGUUUGGCUCAAAUUCACUGCUACAUUUUAUGAAACCCACACAGUCUUCUCUGAAUACCGUAGAGAUCAUUAUAGAAUUAUGCUGAAUGAUGUUUAGUUUUACAACCCUUUGUAAAUAAUCUUUUCGAAAUGAGAACGCAUUUCGAAAUUUCGGCUGACAUUUCAUGAGUUAGCCCACCUACUGUACUUGACCUCGUCGCCUGUGCGAUCCCCGACCCCACCUGUAAAAACACCUAUUACCACCGGUCCCGUAUUACAGAUGGUUGGGAUUUGUUUACUUCAGUUAUGGACUACAUGACCACAUCUGACCCUUUAUUGGGAAUGCGCAUUCAAAAAAGGUCUCAACAUUCGGGGUGUGGUGGCCGGCCAUUGUUCAGUCUCAUGCCACGUGAAGUGGGAUCUGUGCUGCCUGAUCAAGCGUUUGUUGUAGGUCAGGGUGUGUGGUGGUACGCCUAGGUGCGGGGUUUCGCCGCGCCGGCCACCUGCGGCCUCUCCUGCUUCCGGUCAUCCUGACUCUGUUUUGGAUGCACCGGAUGCAGGUGGGUUAGGACGACAGAAUGCGCUGGAUGUUGCGUAAGCAGGUCAUUGUCCUUGUUAUCGCCCUGCUGUGGAACACGUGGUGGACAUCGUCGACCACGAACGUCAAACUGUGACGGUUGUUCGGAAAGUACUGGUCGAUAUUUUGACUGACUUCUUUAAGAAUUGCUAUUUUCGCAGUUUUUUAUAGAUGCUUUUGCAUGCUUGAUAACUGAUGCGUAUUCUUUGAGAAUUCUUCUACAAUUGCUUUCAGAGCACAGUUUUGGAGCGUAAAAACUCUUAAUGACGAAUAUAAAGAAGAGGAACUGCGUUUACUUUUAGUAUCAAAGUUCAAGCUCGGUCAUAAUCCUUCCCAAACAACCGUUAAUAUCAACUGCGCAUGGAGAGAAGGGUCUACAAGUUAUCAGACUGUAUGUAGGUUGUUCCAGAAAUUCCGCAGUGGCAAUGAGAAGAAGGACGGUCAUGCACUCUUGAAAAUGAACUUUUGAUGCUCUUAAGGAAAACCCUCGAAGCGAAGCACAAGAGACUGUAAUGACUAUUUCUGGUUUCAUCUGACUCACUUCAGAAAACAUCAAAGGUCCCCCGACGGCAUUCGAAUCCACAACAUCAAAGUCUUGCGCACAGGCAACGCUCAGCCACCUUUUCGUGUUCACUGGAAGCCUUAUUUUUAUUCACAAGUAAACUAAGUUGCCUCCCUCCACCUAACCUACGGAAACAUAUAGGAUCCGUCAAUUCUGCUUUAAUUUUCCGUCUACAAGGGCCCUCUGUCGGAGUUUUCUUGUUUGACUACAUAACUGCUCAUUUGGUGUUGCAUUCUUACAAUCUCCGAUGAUGGCCUCCUGUAUGAGACCGAAACUUCAGACUACUGCAUGUACUGUCUCCGUGAUUGCGAGUUCAUCGACUUUGCAAACACCAAACUGCUCAGUUUCUGUCAUGUACUUAUGUCUGACUUAAUAUUUCCGUUCACAACUGACAAAAUGGUGAGCACAUGACUUCAGGGUGGGGCGUGUUACUCAGGCGCAAAGUGUGAUUGGAGCGCGGCGAAAAAAUUGGCUGGCAAAGGCUCACUUGCAUUUUCGGCAAGGUUCUCGGGGAGGAAGUAUUUUGACACAUUUUGGGGUAACAUGACGAUCUUAGCGUAACGAACUAAGAUGGCCACUGGGGGUGGGCACAGGGACGGUGACUUCUGUGUGAUUUGGUCUAUAGUGAAUGUAGACUUGCACAGCAUCUACCGCACUCUCUCCUCCCCCCACCUGGAUCCGGUGUCAAGACAGCUUUUGAGCAGUUUCUCAUCCCUCAUCCACUUGGGCCCAGUGGCCAGAGAGAGAGAAAGUCAGAACGACCGAGUGGCGGGCUCUGUAGUUACAGACCGUCCUGACGCGCUACCUGAGGUGACAUAAGAGCCCUAUUUCGAGUGAAAAGAAUGGAUAGAGUUCUAGAUGAAUGGAGAGUGCAUCCUGAAGUCAUACAAGAAAAGGUUCUUCUUUGGAAUAUUUGAACUCUAGCUGAGAAGUCUGCUGAACGCCCUGCAACGCACGCUCCGCCGCAACUGUUGUUUGUGCGCCGCUAUUCCAUUGUACAAAUAAGGUACAGUAGAACUGUGGCACCAACAUGAGAGCUUCAGUGUUUAAAUAAAAUAACGGCCGAAGUAGAAUAACCCUCAUUAACUGCAAUGCAACGCAAUCGGAUCUAAGGGCAUUUAAUGACAGGGCAUUUAAUGGGGGCGUAAUGCGUUCAGAAAGGACAGAGUGGUGUGUUAUGUCAUGUCCUUGCCGUGACGCUUUGCUAGUAACCAGUUCUGCAACUCUCCGUGAUCAAAUCCCCAAAUGAGGACUCAGCAGGAUGGGUGGGGGAACAAGAAGUCUAUUGCAGAGUCCUCAUGACAAAAACUUAGCGAGAAAAGGUACGUACGCAAAUGUCUAAGGCCGGUUUGGAAUUGAGCCAGUUAGAUCAUACCCUGGAGCUGUUGGCAUGACGACUGGACUUCUGACUCAUCUGAGUGGCCGGGCACCCCUCCAAUCCUGAACGACCUCAGCACGCUCACGCCGUGUAGGUUGAUCGAUAAGACGGCGUGUGUGUGUGCGCGUUGUUAGGGCGGGGGGCGUGCGAACGAGUCGGUCAGGAAAGAUCCUCUCCUAACAUGUUAAACAUCAGACCAGGACUUAACGCGUUCUCCUUAUAUCUCGAAAUCCGAUUAAUGGGCUCUCGCCCACGUACCUGAUCCUUCUUUUUCAACUGUCUGCCAUAGCCUACAUGAGGAUGAGGAGGAGACUAUUGGAAAGAUGUCACGUUGUUUCUCAUCUACAGACUGCUCUCUUUUGUACCUCCUCUCGAACGACUAGAUGAGUGCGAGUCUGGUGCAGAACACAGCCACAAGCCCGAAUCAAUAUCCAACGGCCGCCCAGAAGAAGACCUACGCUGUGGCUCUCUUCGACCUUCAGACCUACGACCCCAAUGACCUUCAGUUUAAGGAGGGCGACCUGCUAGUCGUCUACGACACCACCGGCGACUGGUGGAAGGGUUUCAAUCCCAGAACAGGCAAAAAGGGCUUCAUUCCCUUCAACUACGUAAAUGACAGGAAGGGUACCUCUCACAUCCUUGAUGCUAUUCAUGAAAUCGACAGGGAGCAGGCCAUCAAAAAGCUUCUUGCAACUGCGGCUAACUGGGAUGAAAAUUUUAUCCUCAGGCCUAGAGCUGGUGAGUAGUUUUGCAGCAAUAUUAAUGUCCUCGGUACUGUCAGAGCUUUAGGCUGCGCAGCAGCAUCCAUGAAGCCCUGGCGAGGUAUGCACAAAGCUGCGUCCUUAUGAAAAUUUCUAGUGAGGGUGCAGGUGUCUCAAUGGGGAAUGCCGCUGUCAUUCAGGCCCGAAAACCCAUUGGCUGACAACUCGUCCAGUGACAGGUGGCAUACUGUUGUGUUGAAUUCGAGUACGCGUUUGACGUUUCAGCCGUCGGUUUCAACGAUGUCCACCGUAUACCCAACAGCCGGGCGGACGCUGGAACGGUGACUUGCGUUUGAAUUGGUUUAUACUGCUAGCCGACUUGCACUGUAUCUACCGCACAGGCUCUCUUUUCCUCCCACUACUGUCCCGAUUCAUGACAGAGUCAGAAAAACUGGAUGGGGGGGAGGACGCGGGUGGACGGUGCGGCGUGAACUUGCACCUUGGAGUGCCGCCACACCCCCGGUCUGCAUACGAACGACUAGGAUUUUUCACAAAAGGAAGGUAGAGCGGCUCGGAUCCUAACUAACAGAGAGUGUCACAUUAGGGUGGAGCCGUUGCUGUCUGACUCUCAGUCUACCAGCCGGCGGCUCCACGCAAACACACAUAUUGGGCUGAAUGUGAGGUCUGGCAACCUUUCAGGCCACACCCUUUACCGCACUGUGAUAGGCUCAAACGCGUGCACUUCUUUAGGGUGAGAAAACUGCGCUGAGAGUCGACCUCGAUCGCUCUUCCCUUGCUCGUGAACCAGUCGAUUGUUCCAGCCGGACAGCCAACUGAUAUUAGGAUUGGGAGAUGUGAGUGACAGAGCUAGGAACAGCCCGUCUUCACGCACCACACACGCGACCAGCCUCUACUCGACUUUCACACAAGGAAGUGGGCGACUGAGAUUUCAUGCAUGUCAAAGUGUCAUAGAAGCCCCAUUAAGGAGGAACCAUCGCAGACUGCUCUCAGUCCACCAACUGGCUGCCCAACUCAAACACACAUUGGGCUGACUGUGAGGUCCGAGUUAUCUCCAAGCAAGCACUCCAAGUCACCGCAUCUAGCGCACCCUCUAUAGGCUCAAGGACGUCGGAUUGUUUGUAGUGCGAAAAGUGCGCCGAUGGUCGGCCUUAUUUUCUAGUACUCUCCUCGCAAUCCUGUAAAUGGCGUCCACAGGCAAAGUGAACAUGUAUCAGAUUGAACGGUAAACACAUAGCGGCAUGCAUGAUGAAAAGACCUAUUUCCAGCCAUUUCAACAACGGAAACUUUCAAUAGAAUUCAAUGUUAAAAAGACACAGUUCUAGCAUUGAAAGAAAACGCCUGUUUCGUCAACAGAAAGUGGUCAUUCCUCUACGUCUUCUUCUGGAUCUUUGAGUGAGAUUUUUUCAUACGAUGAAGGAAAACUUGAUCAAAAGACAUUUAGGUGGGAUAUGACUUGCAGACCCAUGAGCUAAACUGGGUACUAGGAUUAAAAAUCCUUUGUAGGCUCUGACUCACUUGAGGUUUAGAUCAAUAAUACAGGGGAAACCAAGUGCAAGAGUGCCUCUUGAUAGGCUCAAAGCGCUUGCAUUUCAAAAUUAGAAAACACUUCUGUUUUGAAGAAUAUCACUCAGAUUUAGAUACAGCAGACUGUAAAGAAUGUCUCUUAAACACACGUCUUAUUUACAUCAAGACAGAGUCAGGCUUUCGUGGUAGAAACGUCGACAGGAGUAUACAUGGCAGAGUCAGGAAUAACAACGGUAGCAGGAAUGGUUAUAACAACGAAAACUAGCAAUCCCAUAGUGGUACUUCCAUCAGAGUUUUAUAAUUCAAUCGACCUUAGCAUGAAAAUCUCUCAACCGAACCAAUGAAAACAAAGACAAGACUUUAACAAUGAGUUUAACUAUAUUUGAGUGAAGUUACUCGUCCAAUCUCCUGCAAGGUAUGGAAAUACUCCUAUUCUGGUCGGUCACUUGACUAUCCAAGCAUAAUUUCCUGAAAAAUCAAUAAAAAUGCAUUAGGCGGCACUCUGACUCAUUAAUGGUGUUUUUAGCGGACUUGACUAAUUCAUGAGACUCUGCUGGAUUCAAGACCGAUUGCAGUUAUAGUAGGUUGUGAAAAAGUCAAGACCUUCGAGCAGGACCUCGUGCCCAAGUUGGUUAGGACCGUGGAUUCAAAUCCUCCCUUGACUGCCGAGUUUUUCACAAUUCAGUCAAAAACAUUUUUCAAAUCUGCCAAGGAACACCGAUUAAUUAAGUGGACCUGGUAGUCAUCCAGUGCACUCUAAAUUAAUUUUUAAGCAAAUCCUACUUCGACAGUCAGCCUGUUGUACCAUAUUUGGUGAAUUCCAUACGUUGUAGUAGGCUGGGCGAGUGACUUGACCCAAAUUUGUUUUAAUUCACGACUCCAAGCGGGGUUUCCGUAGCUCAGGAGGUGAGAGCGUUGGCUGUACUCAGGUCUUGCCCUUGAGUUCGAAUCCCACCGAGGCCGAGGAGAUUUCAUAAUCGCCUCUAAUGAGUCCUUUGUGUCAAAAGUAAUCAUAUUAGUAGUGAUAGUAGUAGUAGUAGUAGUAGUAGUAGUAGUAGUAGUAGUUCUGGCAGUAGCGGUAGUGGUACUAGAAAAAUCCAAUAUAGUAAGAGGUCCCAGUGAUUAGUAGGUUUACGGAACAUGGCAGCAAUAAUAGUAGUAAUGAAUGGGAUGGGGAAAAAAUAACACUGUUAAAAGGCAUCCAAUCUGCAAAUUGCCCUUCAUACCCUUUCUUUUUUCAAGACUUUCAUCUGUUUGCGUCUUGUCAGGUGACGAAACCUUCGCCCUCUCCGUUCGUCUCUACUCCCAGGAAGGCGUCAAAGUGAAGCACUACAAACUGUCCUUCGACACAAGCAUGGGCCAGUGCUACCUGCGAGACGAUAGUCGUUUCCUCACAGUCCAAGAACUCAUCACCUACUAUCAACGUUAGUUUUCAAUCCGUGGGCGAGAAAGCACACUUUUUUCUACACCCUCAUGCAAUGCCUACAACAUUGGUCCUCUCAUGGUAGACCAGUUAUUUACAAAAAUUAUUUUGACUCAGCGUGGAUUAGUUACCUAGGAUUUGGAUUAAACAGUCGGAGUUGGUGUGGUUAUCAUUUAAACGGGUCAGACUCAUUGCAGAAAACUGAAGGAAAGAGCACGUGAGGCCCGUUAUCUCCGCGACCUGUUUAACAGCAUGGAUAUCCGAAGGUAUUUAUAAGUCGCUGCCAGAGGAGCUUACAUCAACAUAAUCAAGGAUAUGGUAUUCCAUGCCAUAUAGUAAGGACAUUUCAUAAGCGACUGAGCGUAAUGCUGAGGAACUAGGCUUUGGAACUGCACACAACCCAAAGCCACCAAGACCGGUCAAAGUCCCAGCAGCAAUGUGAGGAAGUGUGUCGCCUCCUGUGCCAAAACUGUCCUUGAAACUGCGCAGGCUAAACUAUACGCAUGCUCAGAUCGCGCAUGAACGAACAUAAGCUGACUGUGCAACGAGUCAACGAAUCAUCACAAGUGGCUGCCCACACCUACCAAAAGGGGUCAUAAGUUUAACUUCGCAGCCACAAAGGUAAUUGCCAACGCCGAAAAUGAGACUAGCUGAGAUUUGAUUGAACCUGGGCUUCGGACGAAAACUCAAUCAAUCGAUUUUUCGGUCUGGAGCCGGCGUACAGAGCUCUGCGCAACCAUCCCCGUCGUGCACACCGGUCGACGAGUGGCUAAAGCCCUACAGUCGUCGCUUGCUCCGUGGUUGCUACUAUCUAUGACUCUGGACUUCUGCACGAGCCCGAAUGCUCAAACUAUACACAAAUAGUUCCGGUGCUCGACCAGCCUUCUGCUUCACUUAAAUUAUUUUCUGUUGUCAGAGCUCAAAUUGAGGGCUAUCAACCCUCUUUGAGCAGAUGGCAGAAAUAAUCUCGGCAACCUAAGACAAAAACAGUCAGUCCGUAAUCAAGCACGCAUAAAUUCAAGCAGCAUGGUUUCUCGCAUAUGGUUGGUCACCGACGGAAGUUUGGUUAAUCCACUGUAAUUUCCUGGGAGACGUGUUCAACUGGACUUCAUGGUGGGCCUACAUCGGCUGUUCACCAACUCUUUGCAUUGCUCAACAAUAGCGGUCUGACCAGUUACUCCUCCCAUCACUACUUUUAUUCAAAUAUCUCAGACUUUCUCUUUUGGCAUGAUAAAAUAGCGCACAUUCUCGCAACGCCGCAUAGACAGGCGAGAGACUUAUUUUCGGUCACCAUCAGCCUCACUACAGACGGAGAAGAUCUGUGGACUGGUUCCAGCUGGUGGCUAAGGCAGACGCUCGACCACUACAGUUAAUGGUUCACAGUCCGUUGGUCGCAAUGAGAAGCACGCAGUCACAUGUGUGUAUGUUCACCAAUCCGGCUUGACUAAUAAACGGAGUUCAAACGUGAAGUUUUGCUCCGGGGCACCGAUCCAAAGGCCUCACAGACGACGGCAUAGUAUAAGGACGAAAGCCGACAGUCGCAAACGACAGCCUCAUCUGUGUGCCCCAUCAAAUGGGUGCGGUGCUGGUGAGGCGCGCACGUGGGGUGGACUUGCACUGCAUCCGCCGCACUCUCUCCUCCUUAGCCCAUUUUGCAGGUAUGGCAAGAGGGUCUUUGGUGGGCGCAGGCUCAGUGGAUGGCCGAGCUAAACGGUCUCUCUACGCGUACCGCACACGAGCUCUUCGCCGUGGGAAUGGACUGCCAAUGCCGACCUCUCUCUCUCACACACCAGUCGUCUCCCCGGGUUUGUCAGCCAGGUAGUGGUGGGGUUGGGCCCAGUGGCUGACGGAACAUGGUGAUUUACGUCCAGGGCGUUCACGCAAUUUGACAAACGCGUAUCGUGAACCAGUCUGACCCCCAUUUCGUUCGACGCGUCUGCAGCGAAGCCCGUUGCGGCGCCAAGAAUAGCAUUGAUGGCGUAAACUAGGACAACUAGAAUGCGAAAUUUAGGUUUUAUUGGUUGUCCAUCAUAAUGCUACCGACGGGGAAUGUUCAAGGCUGGGAAGCCAAGGCAUAACAUAGUCCCUUUGCAUGCCUUUCUACAAUCAAUACAUAUUGGCGAACUCCGCGCAUGUGCCUUUAGUGAAGUUACUCAGUGAGAAUCCUAGACCAAGACAAAGUGAAGAAUUUUAUGGAGGGGAGAAAAUUGUAGCAUGAUAUAAGUGUACAUAAGGGUAUAUUUUAGCGGAACGGGCUUUCAUGCACCCUUCAAAUGAUCUAAAGAAGGUCAAAGAACAAGCGUAAUUUGCAACACCUUUCGGACAGCCUAAUUGUAUGCGCCCUGCAUAUAACGGCAGCCAUGCCUCAACUAAGACUGAAGAAAUUUUAAUUUGACCCUCUCCCUCUCCUCCUCCUUCCGUUUCAGAACAUGAAAUUGAGGACAACUGUCAUCUGCGCAAGCCCGUUCGUUGA